AUAGAAAAACUUUAGUAUUCCAAUCCUUUCUGACAGUUACAGUUAUUUUAGAUUUGCUUUGUGAAUUAUAAAGAAGUGACUUCAGCAGAAGCAGGACACUUAGGAGGACACAUGCUCUAGCAGAAACUUCCAGCCUGUUCUGUGCCAUUUACAUUUCUCCCUUGCGUAUUGAUUGGUAUACAUCAUGUCACUUGCAAACAGAGCGGCAGAGUAUAUGUUGUCAGAUGCGCUGCUACCAGAUAACCCUGAGAAAAGCAGAGGCCUGCGCCUGGAAUUACCACUCGACCGGAUCAUUACUCUGGUUUCUGUUGGCCUGCCGCUAUUGCUUAUCUCUUUAGCAUUUGCAAGAGAAAUUUCUACAGGACCACAAGUCGUCUGUUUCCCUCCCAGUAAUUAUACUGAAAAGCAGAUUGAGUAUGUCAACAAACACUGCUGGCAUUCCCUGACGCAUCAUGAUUUUAAUUUUGAUGGCAGUGUUUCUGUACAUUCAUUAUGGAUCCAUAAGGUUUUUCCAUACACUUUAAUGAUAGUUGCUGUUGCCAUGUACAUUCCUGUAGUACUGUGGAAAUAUACCUCCAAGUCAUUGCUCAACACAGACCUCCUUUUUAUUGUGGAUGAACUGGACAAAUCCUAUAAUCGAUCAAUCAAGCUUGUUCAGCACCUACUAAAAGCUCACAGAACCUGUUCUGAUCCGAAUUUGUUUUGGGAAGAGCUAAAAAGUGCUCGUCAUGUGAGAUACUUUGAAUUUCCUCUGCUGGAGAGAUACUUGACUUGCAAACAGCACUCACAUUGCCUUGUGCUAACCUACCUCCUGAGAAAUGUACUUCUGCUGCUCUUCAUAGCACUUACCUGUAUCUAUCUGGGCGUCUUCCACCUCACUGUGUUCUACCAAGAGGAAUUCACCUGCCUAGUAAAGACCAGGUUCCUAAGGACUGACAUACCCAAACCAGAAUUUGUCAACUGUAAAUUUGUUUCGCUCACCAUAUUUCAAAUAGUUAGUGUAGUUAUUGCAGUGAUAUACAUCCUUUUGGUUCCUAUGCUCAUAUAUAAUGUAAGCAAGUUAUGCUAUUGGGACAAACAAUUCUUAAACAUCUAUGAGAUGCUUCCUGCAUUUGACCUGCUCAGCAAGAAAAUGCUUGGCUGUCCUAUUAAUGAUUUAAACGUGAUCAUUUUGUUUCUACGGGCUAAUAUUUCAGAACUGAAAUCUUACAGUCGCUUAAGCGUUUUGUAUAAGCUCAAGGACACGACCGAUAAAAAGCAAAACAUUGACACCGUUGUGGAUUUCAUGACUCUUCUAGUUGGAAUGGACAUGGAAAAUGGAGGACAGAACAGUCCAGAAUCUGAGGAUGAGGAGCAACCUCCAUCUGGAAAGGAAUGUUAUGAAUUGGGAAAAGAUGAAGAAAAAUCAUAGAGUACAAAAGAACAAAUGCAGACUAAUGGAAUAUCUACAAUUUACCUCAACAGCACAAGCAGUUGCCACGAUCGUUGCUUUGUCA